CUCUUCUCCAACCACAACUUCUCCUCGCCUCUACCAACUGGGCGGCCAUGCUCAUGAAGUAUCCAAGCACUUCCGAUUUCGGUCCCGUACUCUAUCCGUAUCAGUGACACCCGUCGAUCCAGUACACACAAACGUCCUGCGUCUACACAUCCACCCGAGCUUGACGGACCAACUGAUUCUCUGCCUCCUGUCCAUCCUGCCCCAGGUAAUUCAGUGCUUGCUUUCCAGAGUGGUUUCUACCGCCAAGCAUCAUCGUCAAGAAGGCGAAACCAGGCUGGGAUGACGAGUUCGAGAACGAAAAGACGAUGUACGGGAGACUCCGGGCCUUCCAGGGUGUCGUAAUUCCCGUAUAUUUCGGGGAAGCACAGUACGAUGGCGCACUGGCGCUCCUUCUCUCGGACAUUGGCGGGUUCCCACUCUGCCAUCCUCAAGCGGCGUCGAUGAAAGAAGGCGAUUUGCUGAGGAUGUUACAUGACCCUUUUGGUGCUUUGGCUACGCUUAGCAUUAUCCAUGAUGAUGCUAAGCUCGACAACUAUCACCUUGUCGGCAAUAAGAUUAUGAUCGUAGACUUGGAAAGCGCUGAAGAAGCCGAGGAGAACCUUGAAUUUUUUGUCGACUCCAUUAUAGACCACCUUCUGGGAAAGUAUAAAUCACACCAAAAAUGCCUCGAGGCAGAUUGGCUGUUAUAAUCAUCAAUAUAUUCAUCACUUGCCAUGGUUCUACUGCCUUGUUGUAAAUACCACCACAAUUGGUUUUAGACAGUAGCAUGUACUUAUCCUGCAUGUACUUAUCGGGGUCUGGGGGGUUGCUAAAAAAUUGCGGG